AUGGCAUUUUAUCCCCUGCAGAUUGCUGGUCUGGUUCUUGGAUUCCUUGGCAUGGUGGGAACUCUUGCCACAACCCUUCUGCCUCAGUGGAGGGUAUCAGCUUUUAUUGGCAGCAACAUUAUUGUUUUUGAAAGGCUCUGGGAAGGGCUCUGGAUGAACUGCAUUCGACAAGCCAAGGUCCGGUUGCAGUGCAAGUUCUAUGGUUCUUUGUUGGCUCUCCCACCUGCCCUAGAAGCAGCCCGGGCCCUCAUGUGUGUGGCGGUUGCUCUCUCCUUCAUUGCUCUGCUCAUUGGCAUCUGUGGUAUGAAGCAGAUCCAGUGCACGGGCUCUAACGAGAGGGCCAAAGUGUACCUUCUGGGGACUUCUGGGGUCCUCUUCAUCCUGACUGGCAUCUUCGUUCUGAUUCCUGUGUGCUGGACAGCCAACAUCAUCAUCAGGGAUUUCUACAACCCAGCCAUCCACGUGGGUCAGAAACGAGAGCUGGGAGCAGCUCUUUUCCUUGGCUGGGCAAGCACUGCCGUCCUCUUCAUUGGAGGAGGUCUGCUCUGUGGGUUCUGCUGUUGCAACAGAAAGAAGCAAAAGCACAGAUAUCCAGCCCCUGGAUACCGUGUGCCACACACAGAGAAGCGGAGGAAUGUGACGAUGCUUAGUAAGACUUCCACCAGUUAUGUCUAA